AUGGAGUUCUUCAUUACUUGUAUACUAUUCCUUCUCUUUACUUUGGCUCUGGUUAAAGCCUUCCAAAUGAUAGCUAGAGUACUAGGAAACAGAAUAAGUUCAGCGAGGCUUCCACCAGGUCCAGUUGCUUUGCCAGUAGUAGGAAACCUUCUUGACCUUCUUGGUGACAAACCCUUCAAGUGCCUGGCCAAGUUGGCCAACAUUCAUGGUCCUAUAAUGAAUCUAAAACUAGGCCAAGUAACCACUGUAGUCUUUUCUUCUGCAUCCAUGGCCAAGGAAGCCCUCCAAAAGUAUGACCUCGCCUUCGCUGACAGGACUGUUAUCGAAGCUGUCCGAGUCCAUGGACAUGAAAAUACAGGGCUGCCUUGGCUACCAGUUUCGACCGAAUGGAGAAUCCAUCGAAAAAUAUGUCGCUUGUACAUAUUUGCUAGCAAAAGACUUGAUGCUAAUCAAGAACUCAGGCAAAAGAAAGUCCGAGAACUCCUUGCUUUUGUUAAAGAAAAUUGCUUGGCCUGUAAACCAGUAGAUAUUGGACAAGCUGUUUUUAGAACGACGAUUAAUUCAUUGUCCAAUACGAUUUUUUCAGUGGAUUUGGCUGAUUCAAAUUCUGACACUGCACGGGAAUUCAAGGAGAUUACCAAGAAAAUCAUGGAAGAGGCAAGUAAACCCAACUUGGCGGAUUAUUUUCCUCUUCUCAGAAAGUUAGACCCGCAAGGUAUAAGGCGUCGCAUGACUGUUCAUUUGGGGAAGAUACUUGAACUCUUUGAUCAGAUAAUCAACGAACGAUUGAAGCUAAGAGAGAUGAAUAGUUUUAUCUCAAGCAACGAUGUGUUGGAUACACUUCUGGACAUAUGUGAGGAUGGUAGUGAGGAUUUUGAUAGGAGUCAUAUCAAACACUUGUUUCUGGCGCUAUUCGUCGCGGGGACUGAUACAACAUCAAGCACAAUAGAAUCAGCAAUGAAAGAACUACUUUCCAACCCAAAGACUUUAUCAAAGGCACAGGCUGAGUUGGAGCAGACAAUUGGGAGAGGCAACCAACUGCAAGAAUCAGACACGGCUAGACUACCGUACUUGCAGGCAAUCAUCAAAGAAACCUUGCGAUUGCACCCACCUGGUCCGCUAUUGCUCCCUCGCAAAGCUGCUGAAGAUGUAGAGAUAGCAGGCUACAUGGUUCCAAAGGAUGCACUGGUGCUGGUUAAUGCAUGGGCUAUUGGCAGAGACCUUAAUGUAUGGAAGGAGGACCCUAACUCAUUUGUGCCGGAGAGGUUCUUGGGGUCAGAAAUUGAUAUAAGAGGCCAACAUUUUGAACUUAUACCACUUGGUGCUGGACGGCGAAUGUGUCCAGGACUGCCAUUGGCUACACGGCUUCUACAUCUAGUGUUGGGUUCACUCAUCAACUCUUUUGACUGGAAGCUUGAAGAUGGAGUAACCCCGGAGAGUAUGAACAUGGAAAGCCUGCGAGCUAUUGCCAGUCCAAUAUAG